CGACAAUGAACUCUUUUUGGAGCCUGAUUUCCCACUAUCUCCCCUCGAUCCGCAUCUACAACGACCUCGAGGACUCUGCGUCCGACUACGACACCUACGACGACGACACCUACGAGCUCCCCACCACAAACACGUACUUCCCCGCCAGCCCCCAGCCCCAGGGGCAGCGCCAUGAUCGGAUACCCGUCAUGGACGACCACCCCGCCACUUACAACCAGAACCGCCACAGAUGGGACCCCAACGGUCGUGGCGAGGCUCGAACGGACGAAGACGAGGGGCGCCACAAAAAGGAACUCGAGGACCUUAAGACCCAGGUGCACACGUUGCACCACCAGCUCGUGGACCUCCAGUCCGACCUGUCCUCGACCAAAGACGAGCUCCAAUUCCAGAGGUCCUCCAACUCCCACCUGCUCUCCCAGAACAACCGCAUGGAGAGCGAGCUCGAACAGGCUCGCAACGCGCGCCGCACGCGUUUCUCCGAGAUGCAACAACUCCGCGCUUCCUACGCUGACGUCUCUGCCUCCAUGCGCACCCUCGAGACCCACAAUGAGGAGCUCGCGACGCUCAAAUCCUUCCUGAACAAAACGGACGACUACACCGGCGCCCAGAUCCUUCAAGCCGUGCAAGAUCUCAACACGGAGAUCGUGCAGCUCGCUGCUGUCGUCAGCGAGGAGUUCCCUCUAGAUCGGCAGAAGGGCGAUCUGUCGAAGGAGUCGGAUUUCGAUAUCGUCCGCAACUCGAUCGGCGAGGGCAUGCUGGAAUUGUUGCGGGAGUGCGAUCACAACGGCGAUCCGACGGUCGUCCAGCUGGCCGUUCAAGCUUGGGAAACGUGGUGUUGUAAACAGAUCCUAGACUCUUUUUGCUUCGGGCUUCCCCCAGAGAUCAGCAAGUUCCUGAACGAAGUCUUCCGCGAAAUGCAACUCGUCGGUAUGUGAUGAACACCGCUCACCGCAAUCGCAGUCUCUCAUAUUCUCCGCAGAACCCCAACCCACGACAUCACGCUGGCGUGCCCUCACCCAUACUCACGCGCGCACGGUUUUGUCAACUUACCCUCGCGAACCUGCCCCUGCCUAUCCCACCGUCAAAGUGCCUGCAUACUCCAGCUCCAGCUCCUCAUCUGCCCCCACGUCUCCCCUCUUCCCGCCGCCCUACCCAACGCCCCAGUCAACCCUUAACAACACGCCAGCCUCCCAAAUAUAUGCCCUUCCCCCACCCCACAGUCGCACGCACUCCAACUCGUCUGCCUAUUCACUCUCGACCGCGACGUCAUCGCACAUAUCGAGCAACAUCCGCGGCCUCCUGGCCAUACUGGCCCUCUCGGGGUGCACGGACGAGCGCGGGAUCCAUCGCGAGCCGCUGCGCGCGCGCUUCGGCGAUCAGGUGACACAUGUCGCAGACCGCGCUGAGACGCUCUCCAGGAUGAUCAGGGAGGGGGUCGGGAGCGCCUGGUUCGAGGUGCUAGUCGAGAGCGCGCCCGAGCCAGGCCGGAAUGUCCGGAGCCGGAGCGUCGGGAACGAGGUCGGGGUGGAUGGGCUGGCGACCGCGCAAUGGAAGGAAAAAGAGAAGGAGAGCGCUGAAGACCGGGAACCGUGGCGGCGUAUGUUCGAUCCCGCGCUGAUGGAGAACGUGUAUGCUGGGCAUGGUAAUGAGCGGUCGAGGGUGCUGUGUUCGGUCGAGUUUGGCUUGUCGUUGGUGAAGAAGCGGCCUCAGGCGAGUGUGAACGGGGCUGGGGAUGCGUGGAAGGGACGAGAGGUCAAGGGGGCGAGCAACGCCGAUGCGAGGGAUGAUAUGCUGGAGAGCACGUUGCUGCUCAAGCCGAAGGUGCUGCUGGAGAGCGUGAAAGAGCUGCUGUGACAUGCUAUAUCCGUCGCUUUGGAGCUUGAGCCCUGGGCAAGCACACGCAUUCUCGUUCCUUUCCGCUUUCAUUCUCAACCUCACAAGUCCCUCCCUUUUUGUGACACGUACCAGCACGAUCCACCGGCGCUAGAUCGUAUCCUAUGCUUGUGAACCGCAUGUUUUACGCAUGAUUCUCCGCCCGUGAACUUCGAUCUACUGCCGGCUUCAGGACCCCCGCAUGGACGCUGCACCGCUGUCGUCCGUGCGAAGACCCGAAGCCAUCCAUUUCCCCCGCUCAUCAUGGUCGAGUCUAGCUUUUGAUUUUCUCCUCGCAUCCACCAGUCUUGACUGGAACUGUCCGGUCGCAUAUAUACCUCCCAUCCAUGUACUUGUCGCUGUCUCGGUCAUCCGCCAGAUUCCUCUCGUUUUGUGGUUCACGGUUCCUAGUGCUGCUGUCCUGUCGUUCUCGCUCAACUGUUCUGUUAACAUUCCCUGCACGAUGUAUACUACUGUACCACUUAAUAUAAUAUAUCACUCGUCGCUU